CGCGCCCGCCCGGCCGCCGUCUCCGCCCGUCGCUGGCUCCGCGGCCGCCGGCUCCGACGAAGCGGAGGGCGGAGGGGAGGGGCAGGCGGCGCCCAGGAGGGAGGCUCGGGCCGCAGGCCAAGCCGACCGGGGUCACAAUUUGGGUUUGCAGCAAAAAUGCUUUCAGAACAGACUGCAGUCCUGGGGACAGGAUGGGAGUCAAUGAAUGUCCAGCUGGAUGGAGCAGAGCCUCAGGUGGAAAGGGGAAGCCAAGAAGAGGGGCCAUGGAGAACAGCACCAGGGCCACUGGAACACCUAUGCUGUGACCUUGAAGAGGAGCCACAGUCCCUUCAGGAGAAGGCUCAGUCAGCUCCCUGGGUUCCUGCCAUUCCCCAGGAGGGGAGCACCGGAGAUUGGGAGAUGGCAGCUGCACUUCUUGCGGCAGGAUCACAGGGCCUGGUAACCAUCAAGGAUGUGUCGUUGUGCUUCUCUCAGGAGGAGUGGCGGAGCCUGGACCCUUCUCAGACAGACUUUUAUGGAGAAUAUGUCAUGCAGGAAAACUGUGGGAUAGUGGUCUCUCUAAGAUUUCCAAUUCCCAAACUGGACAUGCUUUCUCAACUAGAAGGAGGGGAAGAACAAUGGGUUCCUGACCCUCAGGACUUGGAGGAGAGGGACAUCCUGAGGGUCACAUAUACAGGAGAUGGAAGUGAGCACGAGGGUGAUACCCCUGAACUAGAAGCAGAACCUCCCCGAAUGUUAUCUAGUGUGUCUGAAGAUACUGUUCUCUGGAACCCAGAACAGGAUGAGAGCUGGGAUUCCAUGCCCAGGGGCUCCAGAGGAAUGCUCCUGGGCCCACCUUUUCUUCAGGAAGAUAGCUUCUCAAACCUUCUAUGUAGCACAGAGAUGGAUUCCCUAUUAAGACCACACACAUGCCCCCAAUGUGGGAAACAGUUUGUGUGGGGCUCCCACCUUGCCAGGCACCAGCAAACACACACUGGGGAGCGGCCCUACAGCUGCCUCAAGUGUGAAAAGAGCUUCGGGCGAAGACACCACCUGAUCCGGCACCAGAAAACCCACCUACAUGACAAGCCCAGCAGGUGCUCAGAGUGUGGCAAGAAUUUCCGAUGCAACUCCCAUCUGGCCAGCCACCAGAGAGUGCAUGCGGAAGGCAAAUCCUGCAAGGGCCAAGAGGUUGGAGAGAGCCCAGGGGCUAGGAAACGGCAGCGUGCCCCACCAGUGCCAAAGUGCCAUGUGUGCACUGAGUGUGGGAAGAGUUUUGGUCGACGGCACCACCUGGUGAGACACUGGCUGACCCAUACUGGGGAGAAGCCCUUCCAGUGCCCUCGCUGUGAAAAGAGCUUUGGCCGUAAACAUCACCUGGACAGACACCUGCUGACCCACCAGGGACAAAGUCCCCGGAGCAGCUGGGACAGAGGGACAUCUGUCUUUUGAAAUCUGUUUCUGCUGCAGCUGUGGUCACAUCUAUCAGCAGCUGGUGCUACCAGGAGUCUCUGCCAGAACUGCCCCUCUCCUGCACCCCAGUGGCCAGAAUCAUAAGCCCUGGCUCCAUCCCUCGAAAGAUGAGGUUCUAACACUGGCCAGACAUUUCUCACCAGUUCUGUGAGAUACCACAUAAAAUGGAGUUCUUUGGGCAAAACUUUUAGGAAACAAUGCUUACUGCAUGGGCUGAUAUUCAGCCCUAGCCCAUUCUCAAGGGUACCACUUGAGAAUCAGCAGUUUAUGGCUGAGGUCCAUUCUAAGUGGUUGGAGCCUAUGCCAUACCAGUUAAAUAUUUGAGUAACACCUUUGUAUACUGUAACUAUUAUAUCCUCUCUGUAUAUAGAGAGAAAGACCAUAUUAGCAUGUUGAAGGCUCUGAGAACUUAUUCGUACAGAGAAUUGUUAAGCCUCUUUUAAUGCAGUGUUUCCUAAAUGGAUUUGACCUCUGUCCUUUCUAUUUCACAUCCCACAGAACUGGUGACUUCAUGAAACACACUGGUGAACACUGGGUUAGAGAGUAAUGAAGAAACAGGAAAGAGAUAGUCAUCAGGCACCAGAGUCCCCUUUUUUUAUUCAAAUGAAAGCUGAGGGGCAGACCUCAUUCCUGUGUGGGUCCAUCACCCUUUCCCUGAUCAUCCAAAUAUACAUCCACACUUCUUACCCCCACCUGCUGAAAAAUAGAAACAAGAACAUUUUCACCCUCUUAUUCCAACUCCCUUCAUCCUCCUCAUACACAUAUUCAGAUGAGAGAUCAUGCUACAGUGCUAAGAGAUGGACUUAUACCCCCCCAAGGAACCCAGGCCCACAUAGAAGAAAAAAAUCUUUAUCCCCUUGAACAGACCCCUCUCCUCUUGACUGUGUCUUUUUGUGUCUAUGUGUAUCUGUGUGCAGGGUCUUUGAAGAGAGCAUGCAAAGUGCAAACUGUACAAACUAGAUUUUCUAGGGGCUGUUUUCUGGGGAUGAGGGUAGUAGGGAUUGUAUGGGAUUUUUUGUUUGUUUCAAGAUAGGAAGUAAGCUGAGCGAUUAAGGGAGCCCUCAUGGAAGGGGUUAAGUGAUGGGUUAAGCUGUGAGAGUUGAGGUGUAAAGCCUUCCCUGGUAUUACUGAGAUCAAGACAACUGUGGAUAUAUAUGUCUAUGUCUAAAUCUCUGGGCCACAGUUUCUUUUUGCCUGGGAGAAGAGAGAAAGACACAUCCUCAGUGAGGUGAGCUGUUUCUUGUUGAUUUCAAGUAAGGUGCAUAUAGAAGCUUUAUGCUGAGUGGGUUUCUUUGUCUUGUUUUAGUGCUGGGAAAUUAGGACAGGAAUCACAGUGCUUGCAGGUUAUUGUCAUCUCUCUUAUUUGACCUUGAUUGCCUCAUCAAGGAGACAGUUUUUCUUGAGGAUCUCAUUCUCCCAGAAACAGAACUUUAGGGGAAAUGGCUAUGGUUUAGCUUUUCAGCUGAUGGGGGGCGGGGGGUGUGCAUUGGGUUUACUUCCCAAUUCUGGGAAGGUAGCCACACUUAAGACUCUUAACUCCAGGACUUGCAUAAGUAUUCUAGCAUCUGUUGGUUGAUGAGUUGGUCAUUGUUUUGCUUUAUUGAUAACGUGUUAAUACCAAUCUUAUAAUUUAAAAAUUAUCUUGUAUGUAAGAGCAGUUUGGGGUUAGGAAGAGAGAGGAGCAAAGCAGAUGAAAGUGGAAUAAUUUCUCUUUAAUGCUUAGAUUCUGGUUUUUCCUUAACACACUUAUUUCUCAACCACAAUUGGUGGAAUUAACCAGAGAGGCAAGAGGAAGUAAGCUGCAACAAUCUAGUUUAGUGAUUGUCCCAUUUGCUUAGGAAAAACUGGGUGAAUCACAGCUCCUUAGAAUUCUGGACCCAAAUGGAGCUGAAAAUAGGGUCAUUUUGUUGACUGGGCUUCUUAGAGUGGAUAUGACUUGAGCAACCCAGCCCCCAACUCCGGUCUGCCACUCAGAGCAGCCUUCCUUCUUUGCCUGGAAUGCACUUCUCUUGCUUAUGUUCCUACAAAUAGAGCAAAAUGGCCAGCCCUUUGUAAGGUCCUCAGAGCCAGGAGCAUUUUAAGAUUAGAGAUACCCCAGGGUAUAAGAGAGUAUUGGAUUCCAGUGGUAAAACCGGACUGUGCCAUUUCUUUUACCCUCUCACUAUGCCUCAUUCAUUAAUGCAGAUCAGCUCUAUGUAAGCAAUGAUUCAGAACCUGUUUUAGAUCACAGACCCUUAUGAGACUCUGAUAAAAACCAGAAACACCCUUUUGAGAAAAACAGACAUUAGCAGUUCACUCUGUUUUAUAUACACAUUUAGCAGGUUCAGAGCCCAUCCAUGGAAUAACUAAACUGGGGUCAUUGGGAGUUACCCUGACCCAAUAUGAUCAUUUAUAUAUUUGUGUCAAAAGUUACAAGGCAAGGAUCACUAAAUAUUUUAAGAACUAAGAUACCAGAGGCCGUAGGGUAUAAAGACAGAGUCUAGUCUUUAAUGACUAGAAGAGUAUUGCUGAUAUUCUACUCUGUUUUUUUUUUUUUUUAAAGAUGACAAGCUGACAAAUGGAGCUCCUCACAAACCUUAUUUUAAAGACUUGUGGGAGGUGACUCUCUGUACUAUCAGAUCACACAUCUUAAUAACCAAAUGUUAACCUCCAGCAGUUGAUCUGUUUUAGUAAUUGUAAGGAUAGCAAGUAAAGCCCCCAAAGUGUGGGUGCAGUCGUAGCACCCAAAUGAAAGGCAUGAUGGAGUCUAAGAGCUUUCUGCAGAAAGGACAUCCCUUUAGGUCAUUUCUGGUAUACCACUGUCUUCUCUACCUCGGUCCAAUACCACUUCCCUUGGACGAAAAAAUAAAAUAAGCAGCAGCCAUCAGAUGGGUGAAUAGAUUUGAAUGAUUUUUCCCACAGGGAAUCUCCCAUCUUUCUCCUAACUGGCUUUGCCACAUGUCCACCCUACCCCCUUUAAAUAAAAAAAAAACCUGUCUCUGUGUUCUCUCUGGGCAAAUGUAAAAUGGGGACGUCCAUCUUCAGGAACCUGUCACCUUUUCCUUCUGCGGUGCCUCUACCCUGUUCAGGGCCCAAAUACCUCCCCUUUGUCCCCCCAUCAAAGUAUGAUCUGCAAAGAAUCCCUUCAAAGUGUUAGCUUUUCCCAGAGUUAUUUACAUUUUUUUUUUUUAUUAUGUUAGUCACCAGAGUUAUUUGCAUUUUAAGCCUUAACACUGCUGUCGAAGUGGAAGGCAAAAGUUUUCCCUUGUCAAAGUGAUGUUGUGCCUUCAGGGAGCUAAAGGUGUGAUAAUUUGUGACAAAAUCCUCUCCUUUCCUGCACUCCUGCACUCAAACUACUGUUUCCUUAUUUCCAUCAAGGGCAAGGUGAGUCCUGACUCAGAACCAGAGAUGCCAGGAGACAUGUUCUUUCCAUCUCUGUUCAGAUGAGUGCACUGGACGGGGAUGAGUGGGGCUGGACAGUAACAGAAAGGUGAAGUCUAUUCCCUUAGACCCCUUAGAAAUCCUGAGCUGGCAAAAUUUCCUUCUAUUCCUGGGAGUGCUCUAUUAGGUCUUGGGUCUCAAAAUGUGGUCUCUGAACCAGCAACAUCAACAUCACCUGGAAACUUGUUUUAGGAAUGCAAAUUCUCAGGCUCCACCCCAGACAAACUGAAUCAGAAACUCUGAGAGCGGAGCCCAGCAAUCAGUCUUCACUUGCCUUCCAGAAUAUCUGAUGUAUGCUAAAGUUUGAGAAUUACUGGCCAGGAGAUUCAAAUUCCACUUCAAUCAGUAGUACCUCACCCUCUUCAAACAGGGAGAAAGGGGAAUCUUGUCAAAUUUAUUUUCUGCAACCCCUCAAGGCUAGUUUGUCCUCAGUUCUGGUUUCUUUGAGUCCCCACCCUUAAAUCAGUGACAGGACUGGGUUAGUCAACAAUUUUAGAAACUGUGGUGGGGCCACUACCAAACUGUUGUGACUGAUUGGGGCUAGAGCUUCUACAAUGGACACUGAGAAUUCAUGGGUCCAGAAAUCUGAAAGGACAAAAAGGAGCAGGCACCUCAAAGAAGGGAAAUCCUAUGUAAAACUGAAAAACCAACAUCGAAGGAAAUAGUCUUCCUUUGCUAGUUACCUGGUCCUUCUCCUGGCCUAAUAAGUUGGCCUGGAGGCAUUCAAGGUGAACAUUUAGCUCAGGAUAGAGAGUAAGGCCAGCUCUCACAAACCCUUAAAGAACCAAGUUUUCCAACCUCACAAUUGCAUUGGAGAUCAAUGAGGUACCAUGCAAGGGAUUCCUAACCAUGAUUUGGCCUACCCUAUGGGCAAGGGCAACAGAAGCAUUGGAGAGCCCCCAGGACACAAGAAAGAACCAAGCUCAUUUAGUAAUAUGUGACACAGCGAGAUUUGAACCCAGACUCUGUUUACCAGGUAGAGUUGUAAUCGAUUAAGCCAUGGCACCUAUGUCAAAAAUACAUUUCCUGCUUUGAAGAUUCUGUCCAGUUCAGACUACAGGAAGGGACCUGUCUGGCAGGCCCUGGUCCCAUUACCCCCUCUAGCUCCUCUCCUAACCAAACCCACGAGGACAGACUGAACUGACCGUUGCAAACCCACCACCCCUGUGGGGCUCUCCCAAGAUCAAAAGGCUGGAGUUUGGGGGGAGGUGAUCAGCCCCUCUCCCCAAGAUGGAGAAACUUGGCCAUAGUUUUCUUCAACUCCAGGCCUCAGGGAGGAGUCCCUGCCUCCAUUUUCCCAAUAAAUGGAGCUCCUUGUCCACUUUUCACUCCCACUUCUCUUUUUCUGUUAGUUUGGUUUGGUUUGUUUUUUUGUUUUACCUGGGGAAUGCCUCACCUUCCCAAGGGUAUUUGUUCUUCUACUCCCUAUCCUUCUCUUUCCAUCAUAGUUAAUUCUCUUCAAGCUUCUAGCCAAUUCUGUUCCAUUAAGAGCCCCCUGUCCCUCUGCCUGUUGUCCAGUUUGUCAGCUUUAAGCCUACAAAGCAGGGUCAAUUACUCAUACUUCCCACUUUCUUCCCUCAAAUCCUUGGCUUGGCUCUAGCAACUCAGCUGCUAUCUUACCACUCUGCAUCUCUUCCUGUCUCUCUCAACCUUCCUCACACACCCUAACCUGGCCAACAGGUUGUCUAUACUGCCAAGUCCAGGCCCUGCACUCCAUUCCCUGCAGGCUUUUUCCCUUGAUGUAGCUUCCAAAGUGGAUUUCUACUUUUUGCUACUUUGAUUUGCUUAGUCCCUUCCUGUCUCUUGUGGUUUCUGAGAAUCAGUCUCAAUUCUAAAGCCAUUUUUGGCCAGCUCACUAUGUGCCAGGCACUGGCUGUUCCAGGCCUGGGAGGUCAAGUCUUAACACAGUCCCUGUACUCAGCAUGUUCCUCAGCUGAGCCCUUCCCUGGCACCACUUUCCUGCCAUGCCUCACAAUACUGCCACCACGGCACCCUCAUACAGGAAGCUUUGGAGGUGUAUGCCCACUUGCCAUCCAGCCCAACUGCUCUGUGCCUGCCAGAUUUCUAGCUGUUGUCUGACUUGGUUCCCUCUGAUGGACUGUGAAUUUCCCAUGGGUUACCCACUGGGGAACUUUGUCUGUAUCCUGAGGGUCUCUAAUAUGUUCCUGUGGUCCCUGUCAGUUGAAUAAAGGUCGUAUUGGCUAUAUCACUGAUUUCAUCUCUCAGUCCUCUCCUCUCCUCUUUCCUCCAUUCUCAGCUCUUCUCUGGUGAUCAAAAAGCUGCCACAGAGUGGGGGACACCAGAUAGCUCUGGGGGGAGUUACACAGCCAUGUGUGAGCCCCUUCACUGCCCCUCCCCAAAACAUAAACCUUAAGAUGCCACAAGUUAGGCCUCCCCAUUUCCCUCUUGGUGUCCUGGCUUCCAGAUGUCCCUCCCCAGUUAGCUGGUCUUAACCCAACCUGGAGAUGAGGGAAGCAGAGUACUGAGCAGGACUAGGCCUAGGGUAAGGCAGGUAAGGGCCUAGGGAGCAAAUUUAAGGAGGUCCUCCAUAUUAGGGUCAUUCAAGUGCUGACCCUGCUCUUGGGAGCCCCUUAAAGUGGUAAGCCGAGUCUAGAGACUGAGGUGAUGGUGGUGACUGUGGCUUGACCCCCUAGGCAAAUUUACAAUAAUUGGCGAUGUGAGGGGAGCUAGAGGAGGCAUGCACAGAUGGGGUUAGGCAGGAGCUGGGUCCACCAGACAUACUCACCUUUGUGGGUAAAGAGGAUGGGCAUAUAGCAGAGGGUAUCAAGAGAAUAAGGUAAGAGAAAAAAAACAGUGUGGGAGAAAACAUGGGAAGCUGGCAUGGAAAUUGCCAGCCUCUGACCCACUGACACAGCCUCCCACCUGUGGAGCUUCCUGGAGUGUGGGAAAGAGGGGAAGGAACCCCUCCUCGGGCCUUGAGUGCAGCCCAAAGGCUUUGCUCUUCCUCCAUGGGAGGUGCCUUAAUGGAGCUUCAGGCCUACUGUUUAGGGGAUGAUCCACCUCUACAGCUCCCUGAGCACCAGCCAGGCUGUUCUGACACCUACCUCCAUGCUUCGUAUUUCCCUGUUUUCUUGUGUUCACUCUUACUUCCCCCAGUCACCUGGAGUAAUACUCUUGACAAGUCUGGUCUUUCUCCUAACCAAAAAGGGGGAGGAGUAACACAGCUGUGAUUGUUCACUGAGGCCUCUGUUCUUGCCGUUUAUUUUUAUUUUUUUCUUUAAAUUCAAUUAAUUAACAGCGUAUUAUUAGUUUCAAAGGUAGAGUUCAGUUAUUCAUCAGUUGCAUAUAACACCCAGUGCUCAUUACAUCACGUACCCUCCUUAAUGUCCAUCACCCAGUUACCCCAUCCCCUCACCCCCGUCCCCUCCAGCAACCCUCAGUUUGUUUCCUAUGAUUAAGAGUCUCUUAUGGUUUGUCUCCCUGAUUUCAUCGUUUUAUGUUUUCCUCUCUUCCCCUAUGAUUCUCUGUUUGUUUCUUAAAUUCCACAUAUGAGGGAGAUCAUAGGACAAGUGUCUUUCUCUGACUUAUUUCCCUUCACAUAAUACUCUCUAGUUCAUCCACAUCAUUGCAAAUGGCAAGAUUUCAUUUUUUGAUGGCUGAGUAGUAUUCCAUUGUAUAUAUACCACAUCUUUAUCCAUUCAUCUGUCGAUGGAAAUCUGGGCUCUUUCCAUAGUUUGGCUAUUGUGGACAUUGCUGCUAUAAACAUUGGGGUGCAGGUGCCCCUUCAGAUCACUACAUUUGUAUCUUUGGGGUAAAUACCCAGUAGUGUAAUUGCUGGGUCGUACGGUGGCUCUAUUUUCAACUUCUUGAGGAACCUCCAUACUGUUUUCCAGAGUGGCUGCACCAGCUUGCAUUCCCACCACCCCUGUUCUCUCUGCCAUCUCCAGUGGUGUCUAUUGAAAUCCUGACUUCCUCUCCUUGCUCCCUCCUAUCAGUGCCUUUCUCAGCCCCAUCCAGUGCUUCAUGCUGACACCCCCUCAGUCUUCAGUUCCUCUCUUCUAAAUCCUUUGGCUUUUUCUCUUUUUAAAGUUCCCUUUCUGACAUGGUGCCCCUAUAUUUAUUUCCCAGAAUGUCUUCCUGUCCUUGCUAGGCAUUUAGGUUGUGGCUGGAGUGAUCUCCAGCCCAACCUCAUAGACUUGUCAUCACAGAGCUCCCCAGAGGAGGGGGGACAGCUACUGCUUGGAGACCACUGACAAAUGGAGAUGUUUCCAUGCUCUGAAAAUACACCCCGCAAUGUGUUUGAGAACACCCUCCCCACAAGAAACCUCAAACUUUUAAAACAAUGUAGAAAUGAGUUCUAACUCCUGCCCUUUACCUACAUAGAAAGGAUGUCUCAGAGAGUUACUGAGUGGAUGGUGAGGCCCCCUUUGGCAUGGGUAACUGUAGACAAGAGAGCACUGGAAUCCAUAGUUAAAAGCCAAUUUCUAAAGUGCACAUUUUCCAAACAUUAGCUUUUUCACUUAAGAUCUAAGAGACUGAGGUGAAAAUGAAAUGAAAUAAUGCAUGCAAAAGUACAAACCACCUUAUAAAUGAAAAAGCUGUAACUGACAAUUGUGUGGGAUUUUUUACCUUAUUUUUGAACAAGUUACAAUGUACAUGUUCUGAAAAUACGAAAAAAGAGAGUAAGAGAGUCUCAUUUCUAUGUAUCCUCUACAAUUCCCAUCAUCUUCCCCUCCCAGUAGAGAACCAGUUAGUUUUUUUUGUGUGUAUCUUUCCAGAAUUUUAUACAAAGAGGUAUAUUUUCCUUCAUUUUACACAAAAGGUAGUAUGGUAUGCUUAAUGACCUGAAUUGUUUUUUCACCUACUAUAUCUUUGGGUGCUUGUCAUAAUAAUACAUUGAGAAUCUCCUCCUUUUUUACAGCUGCGUGCAGUUUCACUGUAUGGAAGCUUCAGUUUAAUCAGUCCCCUAGUAACAUUUAGAUUAUUUACUUUUCUGUUUUGUUACUGCAGUGCUGCAGUGAAUACCUUGGACAUAAGUCUUUUCACAAAUGCAUUUACAUCUAAAAGAUAACGUGGUUCUGCUGGAUCAAAGGUCCUUUGCAUUUGUAAUUAUGAAAGACAGAUUCCUUCCAUUUACAUGCUCACUAGCAUUGUGUGUGAGUGCCUGAUCUCCCACAGCCUCACCAAUGGAGUAGGUUCUCAAAACCUUUGAAUUGAUUAAAAAAAUAUUAUCUUAUUGUUUUAAUAUGCAUCUCCCUUGUGAGUAAAACUGUACCUUUUUCUUUCUUUUUUAUUUUUUUAAAGAUUGUAUUUAUUUGACAGAGAGAGACACAGUGAGAGAAGGAACACAAGCAGGGGGAAUGGGAGAGGGAGAAGCAGGCUUCCCGCGGAGCAGAGAGCCCGAUGUGGGGCUCGAUGCUGGGCUCGAUCCCAGGACCCUGGGACCAUGACCUGAGCCGAAGGCAGACGCUUAACGACUGAGCCACCCAGGCGCCCCAAAAUUGUACCUUUUUCUUGUUUUUAAAGGCCAUUUGUAUUUCUGUUAACUGUUUUAUCAACAAUCAUUGAAUAUCUGAUGCCAGAGAGCAUCUAAACUUUGUUACCACUCUAAAGUCCAACAAUUUUCUGAUCAUCAUCACACGAGGCAGUUGAGAUUAAAGGAAAGCAAAGAAUUGAGGUCAGGGAUGUUCCAUUUGCUCUGACUAAAGUUAAAAACCCAAAUAUGCCACUAGAAUGUGAGCAGUGAAAAGUGGGGAUUAUGCUUUAUCCAUCUUCAUUCAGCAAAGUGCCCAGAAUUUUGCAGGCAUUUAGUCAUUAGUGAAUACUUGGGAUGAGAUGAACUAUUCUUGGAAAUUCCUUUCACAGAAGUACCCAGCUAGCAUUAUGACCUAGAUAAUGUGGAUAGCUUGCCAAUGAGUUAAAAUCAUUUCUUGUAUUUCAUUGGAGAAUAGCCAUCCUAAAAUUUACCAAUGAAAAAUAAUCUGAAAUGACCAGUUAGCUAUUAAGUGUCAGGACACUGCCAAAUUUACUGACUGAAUGGUUGGAAGUUUGCUUAAAUGAAGAAAUCAUCACAAUACAUAUAGAACUGUGAUGUUUCUUAGGAAAUCUAGAAAAAUUUUUGCCAGUGUCCUUCCCAUCCCAUCUUAGGAGAAAAGGCUUCUAGUUCUGGGCCAUCUGAUUGUUUAGGUAAAAAGCUCCCAGGACUAUAAAGAGGCAAUACAUCUGGCUAUCAUAAAGACAUCUGAUUAACUUUGUUCUAAGUGUGCUCAAUGGACAGUGUUUCCCACUACCUUUUACCAGAUGGCUCCCUAUUCUCUUAUUCUGUUUGCUUCAUUCUGCUACUCACAGACAAUUCAAGUGCACAGUGAACCUAAUUACAGCAGGGGGGGGGUUCAAAGUUCAGAUCAUCUAUAGAUGAGAUGCACAACAAGCAUUUUGCUAGUAGCUCUGCAUAGGUUUAAAGCAGUGAUUCUCAUUUAAGGGUGUGAGAGGGUGAAUAUUAGUAUCACUUAAGCUUUCUUUCCUACCCCUCCCUCCCUUCCUUUCUGUGUGUGUGUAAAUACACAUACCCUGUUCCCCCUUGUAGAAGAUAUCAGACUCUUGGGAAAAGCUUGGUCGGGUACACUGAAAAAGCUCCCCAGGUUGUUCUAAAUCAUUCUCACCUCCCACCGUUACUCUCACCUCUUUACAAGAAUGAAAAGCACCUUCCCAGUGCUUCCCUUUUCCCUACCCCUUUGGCUUCAGCUGUAAACAGCAAGUCAUUUCCCUGAACUGGCUACUCUGAUGUUUUUACUUCCCUAGGAACCAUUUCUGUGUCCUAUUAUGACCUAUAGCAUGAGAACUACUCCCAUGCUGUUCUUAAUCUCUGCAUUCAGAACUAAAAAAAAAAAAAAAAAAAAAUCAUACAUUUGCUCUAUAUUUGGUAUAUGGUGCUCAAUACAUGUUGUUUUUUAAGAAAAGCAAAAGACCUAGCUAUUCAUUAGUUAGCCUUCCCAUCUCCUUAUAUUUCUGAUAUGUAAUCUAUAAAUCUUAAUAAUUUCCUCUCUAGGAGUUAGUAUUUUCCCAGUUGAAAAUUCCCUCACUGCAUUUUGUCAAACAAAGCCUAAUGUCAUGAUAUUUUAAGUCCUUAUUUUACUAACACUUAAAACCACCUAAAAGAAUCCUAGCCCUAUUCCAACCUUUUUUUUUUACAGAGAAGGAAAACAAGACUAUAAACGGUUAAGUAACAACUCAGCCAAGGUCAGAGUAGCAGAACUUUGACUAGAAUCCUGGUCUCAUUAAGUACUGAUCCGGUAGAGUUUUCUGCUAUAGCACAUUAUCACAUCAUCACAAACUAUUUAUACUCUUAUUUAACUCUUAGUAAUGCGCACCUACCCUGUGCCAAGGCCUGUUCUAGAUGCUUUCACACACUCUCAUUUAACGGAAGACUGACAUAAUAAGAAAGUUUUAUAGUUAAAAUACUAUUAUCAAGUCAGGCAAAAACUAUAGACCCAUUACAAUCAACUUUGGGAGAAGGGCCUUUUUCCUAAAAGGAAUUUCAGUUAAGAAUACUUUGGAUCAGUGGGACCACUCAACUUAAAGUUGUCUACUCUUCUCUUGCCGGGACGAUGCCCCCCACUUCUCUCUUUAUAAGCCCUUCUCCCCAAAACUCAAUAUGGAUUUGAUAGGGUGUCUAACGUUAAUUCAACACUUCUGUCUAAUCCCCCCAAGUUGCUGCUUUUCUUCUACCUGUUUUCUUUUUUCCUUCUGAAAGGCAUUGUCCUGCGGCCUGAAGCAGGAACAGAAUCUCGACAUCUUUUUGUCUCUUCACCCCAUAUGUCCCUGUUGUAUGUCUCCCCUCAACACCCACGCGUACCCAUGUGCGGCAAAGAGGAAACGGACACAAUGUAGUGGAGAGGUCUUGUAUAUAGUUUUGUCCACUUCAGUGUGAGAGCUGCUCUCAUUAGAGCCUAUGGGGAAAGGCAUCUGUGCCUGGAGGAAGGGAAAUUGCUCCCACACUACGAAUACCCGGCUGCAUUGUGAAGACUUUCGGAUUUAGUGGAAGUCUUUGUGCGAGCAGCCCUUAGGUCAUGAGUCUUCCCCUGACUGCUAGAACUUCGGUCAGUUUUAACCAAGGCUGUCUUCUGGAUGGUGCGUUUUACCGACUUCACCGGGUCCUGCUUCUUCUCUUUCCGGGGCUUCGGGCCUGGCCUCUUCUUCUCCUCUCGGGUCCUAGGCCUGAUGUCUUCCUUCAUGGUCCGUCCUCUCCCCUCGUCCAUCCCCUUGGCCCUCACUUCCUCCCUGGCUCUGGAACGCACCGAGUCCUUGGCUCUUGGCCUUAUCUUCCGCCCCCUUGUGUUUACUUUCGUGCUGCGUCUCCAGAGUUCCCUGGCCUUCUUGGCUGCCCCGCGACGCGCGCAGCGCCGCCGCCGUGGGCUCCGCGGCCCGGGAAGGGUCCUCCUCGAAGAGCGCGCGCCCUCCUCCAACCUCAGGCGUCCUGGCCUUCUCUUCGGCUUCGGGAUCUUCCAGACCCUGAAGGAGCCAGAGGCAUCGCUGCCGCUGACCCGGAGAAGCGUGCCCUUAACCUCAGACCAGGGUGCAUCGCCCGAGUGCCGGCAGCACUUACGGCGCACUACGUAGCCAGCAUUUCCAAACUCCUUCUUGAGGGCAGCCAGAGUCAGCCUUUUGUGCGUGGUGAUGGCUCGGAGCAACAGCUGGGACACUUUGAGCACGGAGCGCAGGCCCCGCCUCGGCACGGCCGUGAGGGUUUUCUCCGGGGCCUGCUGGGUUUUAAUUUCAGUGCCUUUGGAUUCACCAGUGGGCCCAGCCACCUCAGCCAUGGCCCCGCUCCCGCCUCUGCGGGGCCACUGCUUUUGGGCCACCCCCACCAAGGCGGGAGCUUAAGCUGAGGCUGGCUGGACCACGUCACAAUGGCACGCCCGGCCUAGACUUUCAGGUCCUAGUUGGCGAGCUGCCAGAUCCCACCCAGGUAGGUGGUCCAAUCAGACUCCACUUCCUUCUAGGUCUAAACCAAUCCAGAUCUUGGCGCCUGUACACUCCUAAGAAUCACCUUUAUAAUCUCCAGGGUUUGUUCCCUGCCCUUUAUAAUGCUGCCACUUCUCAUUGACCUGGAUCUCAACCAAUUUCUGAAGUUCACUAUUUUUCUGUGGUCCUGAACACCCAUCUACUCACAUUUCCCUAAGGUGAAAGAAGCUGCUCCCAACUAUCUAAAACAGGUAAUACAAUGCCUUUAAAAAGUAAAUGUGGUAGUCUAUCAAACAAAACCCGAUCUAGAAACUCCCGCCUUUAGGUCCCACCACCUAGAGAUCGACAGUCAUGUCUCCUUGACUCUCCACAUGGGGGAUUCUGUGCAAGAAUAUGAAGGAAAGAGGGAAUCACUGUGGUCCCUCUACCCUAACCAAUGAUUCUCACACCUGGGUAAUUCUGAUGCCUCAUUCAGUUGGAUCAAAACAAUCCAGUUUCCAAAUAGACCAAGAACUCUGGUCUAAUCAUUAUUCUUUCACCAGACUUUGCUUUUCUAUCUCUUGUCCCUCUUCUUGGAUUGCUCACCCUCUUUCUCUGUCCAGAUAUAUUCUGCUCAUCUUUCAGAAUCCUGCUGAAUCCUUCCCUCACUGAAGCCCCCUCACUCUUUCAAAUGAUUUCUCUCCUCUUAAUUACCACAUUAAACUUUUGCAAUCCUA